GGCAAGCAAGGGCCGUCCUCUGCUCUGAGCUCGCGUUUUCUGAGGCUCCAGCCAGUGCUCUGGGCUGGCCCGCUGCCCUGGCGGGUCGGCGGCCAGAGGCCGGUGUCGUGCUCCAGGAAGGAGAGACCUCCGAGGACCUGGGCAGCUGCAGAUCUCUGCCUGGGCGCCAUAGCUUUCCAGACUGCCCGGGGCAGGCGGGAGGAGACACAGUAGGGAGGCCCCCACGUGGAAGCAACCGGCAGAGCCCUGCCCGGAGGGAGCCACGUGCUGGCUUGUCAGCCUUUUCCUCUAAGGGGAGGUGUGCGGGGCCGCGAGCCAUGAGCGGAGCCGUGAGGAGUCUGGACUCGCCGGGCCUGGAGAUGGUGGGAAACUGUUCCUGGGAGGCCCAUCCCGGGGACAGGAACAAGAUGUGUCCCGGCGUGAGCGAGGCCCCGGCGCUCUACGGCCGUGGCUUCCUGACCAUCGAGCAGAUCGCCACGCCGCCACCGCCGGCCGUCAUGGACUACAUCUUCCUGCUCCUGUGCCUGUGUGGCCUGGUGGGCAACGGGCUGGUCCUGUGGUUUUUCGGCUUCUCCAUCAAGAGGAGCCCCUUCUCCGUCUACUUCCUGCACCUGGCCGGCGCUGACGCCGGCUACCUCUGCAGCAAGGCCGUGCUCUCCGUCCUGAACACGGGCGGCUUCCUGGGCACGUUCGCCGCCUACGUCCGCGCCGUGUGCAGGGUCGCGGGGCUCUGCAUGUUUGUCGCCGGCGUGAGCCUCCUGCCGGCCAUCAGCUCGGAGCGCUGCCUGUCGGUCGUCUUCCCCGCCUGGUUCUGGCGCCGGCGGCCCAAGCGCCUGUCGGCCGUGGCGUGCGCCCUGCUCUGGGCCCUGUCGCUCCUGGUCACCACCGUCCACAACUACUUCUGCGUGUUCCUGGGCCACCGAGCGUCCGGCGUGGGCUGCAGGCACAUGGACGCCUUCCUGGGCAUCCUGCUUUUCCUGGUCUUCUGCCCGCUCAUGGUGCUGCCCUGCCUGGUGCUCAUCCUGCACACGGAGUGCAGGGCCCGGAGGCGCCAGCGCUCCGUGAAGCUCAGCCACGUCGUCCUGGCCGUGGUUUCAGUGUUCCUCGUGUCCUCCAUCUACCUGGGGGUCGACUGGUUCCUCUUUUGGGUCUUCCAGAUCCCGGCCCCCUUCCCCGAGUAUGUCACCGACCUGUGCAUCUGCAUCAACAGCAGUGCCAAGCCGGUCGUGUACUUCCUGGCCGGGAGGGACAAGUCACAGCGGCUGUGGGAGCCUCUCAGGGUGGUCUUCCAGCGGGCCCUGCGAGACGGCGCCGAGCUGGGGGAGGCCGGGGGCGGCACGCCCAACACGGUCACCAUGGAGAUGCAGUGCCCCUCUGGGAACGCCUCCUGA